GUGACUUAACAGGAACAGCGUGUUUGCUGCAUAACUUUGGCUGACAUUGGAGUUGCCCCAGGCAGUAACAGUCCGCCUCCUUUUUCAGUUUUCAUAUAACCAAUCCAGUGUUUURUUUUGUUUUUAAUGGGCUCCACCUUUUUGCACCGGAAGUGGAGGAGUCACACAGCUGGACGAGUUGCACAACUUUUGUGUGUGUGUGUGUUGCAGCCCGGCUUUUGUUUUAUAACACCUCUUUUGUUUAUCUGACUCGACCCCGAGAAUGAACAUGUUUAGAAGAGAUAAAGGCUCUGCAGCCCCAGUGGUCCCACCCAGACCCACUCAGGAGGAGCUGCGUAAUGAUCCCAUCCCUCACAGCCUAAACAGACAGGAUCCAGGAGCGACCUUUGCCCAGACAUCGGGGUUGAUGGGAGUUGUGCAGAAGGUCAACCCCUUCAAGUCUGCUGCAAAAGUGUCUGUGGUCACCAAAGCUCCGUCCUCUGAAUCACUCGAACAGCCAACAGACUCCACAACCCAGGGAUGCUGAGUGGAGUCAUGCAGAAAGCAAACCCGUUCAGGUCUUCGUCUCAGGCGUCCAAAACACCGUCCUCAGAGUCACUGGAGGGGAGGAGUUCAGACUCCACUCAGAAUCCUGGCGUGUUUAAAGAAGUCAUUCAGAAAGUGAACCCCUUCAAGUCUUCAGCACAGUUACCAAAGAAUCCUCAAGAUGAUUCUGCAAACCUGCAGGAGUCUGACGGAGCGCUGGAGGACAAACAGAGUCCAGGGAUGAUGAGAGGUGUGAUUCAGAAAGUCAACCCCUUCAAAUCCUCCCAGCCAAAGCAGACUGAACCUCCACACACUGACCUCUCCUCCAGCAACAAUGUCCCAGAGAAGCAGAACCCUGAGAUGUUCAAAGAGAUGAUGCAGAAAGUUAACCCCUUCAGGUCCAACACGCAGGUGGCAGCGGGUGUUUGUGAGACGGACUCUGUGCAUCCUGCUCUCAGCAUCCAGGAGACUGUUCAAGUUCAGACACUCCAAUUAGCUGAAGUACCGGUACCUGGUGACAAGACAUUACUGGGCCCUCUGCAUGAUGAUGAGGGUCUUUGGGCAUGGUGGAAAACCGUUGAAGGAUGGGAUGAGUGGAAUGAGGCAAAAAAAGAUGAAGAAGCUGAAGAAGUGGUUGAAGAAGCUGCCGACCGAGUCUUCAUGGCAGCGCGUCUUUUCGUUCGCUUUUUCAACCAGCGCGGCGCUUCGCUCCAGCAGCGCAUCCUGGUGCUCCUCGCCUUGGCCGACUCGGCCGACAACUUCCACAAGAAAACGGUCACGGCCAGCAUGGGCGGCGGCAUGGCAAGCGUCGCGGGGUCUGUCACCACCAUCACCGGUCUCAUUCUGGCCCCCUUCACAGCGGGAACGUCGCUCAUCGUCACAGCGGUGGGCAUCGGCAUCGCUACGGCCGGUGGCGUGACGUCCGCAUCGGCUAACAUCACUGACACGGUCCACUCAAAGACGGACCGCAAGAAAGUAGAGAAGAUGAUCCAUGAUUACCAGGCAGAGAUCAAGGAUAUCAGAGAGUGCCUGGAGUUCUUACAGGAAGGAAUGGAGACACUCGAGGACUGGAACUUCGAGAAGUAUGCCGAAAGCAUCUCAAAAAAGCACCUCAACCAAAACGUCAAACACGUGAUGAAGGAGGGCGGGCGAGCAGGCAAGGCUUUAGUGAUCAAUACGGAGACUCUGAUCAACACGGUCCAGGUCCUYGGCGUCGCCGGCGGUGCUGCUAAAGCCGCGCAGGUGAUGAGUGUCACCACCGGAGUGAUGUCAGGCCUCUUCCUGGCCCUGGAUGUGUUCUUCCUGGCAAAGGAUUCWAUGGAGCUGAAGAAGGGAGCCAAGACUGAGUUCGCGGCUAAGAUCCGUGAAGUUUGUAAGGACCUGCAGGACGGACUGCUGGAGCUGAACAGGAUCAAGGAAGAGCUGCAGAAAACGAUGGAYGGGAUAGAAGUGGAGGUUAAAGAGGACGAGGAGAUGUUGAAGGCUGAUUUGAUGAAGCCUGCUGAGCUUGAAGAGUGAAAAAUGGUCAAAUGACUAAAUCAAACACUGAUUUAAAACUGUASUUUGAAUAGUUUUAAAGUGCCUUAGAAGUGAUUUGUACACAAACAAAAAGAUAAAAACAUCUAAUAAUUAAGAAAUUUGGCAUAAUACACACAAUGUAGGCCCUGUGCUGGACUUGUGUCCUGUCCAGGCUGUGCCCCACCCCUCGCACUGUGACUGCUGGAUAUGGGCACCAGUGACCCUGAAAGGAAGAAGCGUGUAUAGAAAAUGGA